AUGGGGUUGGGUUAUAGCAUCGAUAGAUAUCGUCAUCCUGAGAAAUAUCCUGAUGUAACCGUUGGUCCUACAUUCGAUCCAUUAUAUGGAUUCGCCGAAGGAAGAAAAGUGAAAACUGCGCCAUAUACUCCAGAAGAAAUGGCACGUUUAAGUAUUCCAUUAGAUCAUCGUGACUAUUGUGCACAUUAUUAUCGAGCAAUUAUGUUAUGUUAUGCUGAAUAUCAACCACGUGCCUAUCGUUAUUGUAAUCCUGAAAAACAUGCGUAUCAUGAAUGCUUAAAGGAAGAUCGUCUUGAUGUUAUUAAAGAACAUGAACGAGAAAGACGUUUACGUCUUCGACGAAUAAGAAAAGAAGAAAAAGCUCACAGAGAUAAAAACCUGGAAGAACUACAAGAUCGAAUUGAAAAAUUUGAUCUUGUCGAUGUUAAAGUACAAGGUGUUGUUGUUUGUGACAAAAAUGGUUUGACUUUAACAAAUCGAAGCGUUGAUGUAUCUCCGGGACCCAUUGCUUUAUUGUCCGAAUUAGCGAAGUGUCUAUCGGGAAAACGAGUAACUGUUUGUCUUGAAAAUGUAGAGAACCAAGUACUUAUCAAUCAAACAGAAAAAGCUGUUAUUGCACUUUAUACACACCAUUUAUGA